GCUGCUACGUGAUGUAGAAUGCUACCGCGACAGCACCGUGAGAAUGACGCACUCCGUGUCCUUCACCAGCUCCUCUGGCAACAGAUUACCGUCUGUCACACCCUAAAGCAAAUAACAGUCAUCUGUUCACAAUUGUUAUGUUUCAUGCAGUAUGCUUCCAAUGCCCCGUACAAAUCGUUCUAUAUUGCUUUCCGGCUAACGCUGAAAAUGUGAUGUGAUGUUCCCGAUAUUCAAGAUAAAGUCUUCUCCGGCGUGACGCCACGAUGCCGCAUCCAUUCCACCAGUGAUCUGAAACAUGAAGAGUUGUCAUCAGGAAAACGAGGCUUCCGUCUAAUCGCGGGCCGACAGCGCUGCCAGCGGCGGAGAAAUGCGGGGGCGGCGCGGCCUCGUGGAGGGGGGGCGCCCUCCGCCCCUCCCUCCUGCCGCCUCCUCCGCCCCCGCUAGCAGCGCGGGGCGCCCGGGGACCGCCGACCCGGCGACGUCUUGCAACAAAAGCCUGAGACGUGCGACACAGCACGGUAUCAGAGGUCGCGCCGGCAGUGCAGCGGCUGGGGACGCCAGGUCUACUUUUAUGGGAGCGGACUGCCCCCUGCUGUCGCCUUCCCGUCGCUGCGGCGCCUCGGCUUGUCCCAGCAUCCAACGCUGCGUCGAGACCACACGGGGAUCUUCACUCCCGCAGGCGAUCAGCAGCACGAAACUGUCUUCAGGAUUGUCUGGCUACUACGUUGUGCAUCUUGCGACUAACGAUCUACACCCCAGUCAGUAUGGAGUUUCUGAACGUCAAAUCGUACAUGAUGCGUCUGCUGUGAUCAGCUCUUUCUAUUGCAGUUCGUUGAAAACAUUUGAUAAUGGCUGCCCGAGACAAAUAAAGGCGUUAGCGUUUUCAUUCCGCUGCUGAAUGACUGUUCUUUCUAUUUGGACCUCUGCAAGAAGCUGAUACUUCGCAAAGGAUUCGAGUCUUUUCUGCCUGUGAGAACCGAGUACGGAUGGUUUCCGCCGCAUUUUUAUCUCCAUGUAUCUAAGAUGCAUUUACAACUUUGGAAUAAUGAAACAAUGUAAGAGGGUCGCUGCAAAAAAUAUUCUUGAUUACAUGACAAAAAAUAGUUGACACAGCGGUAAACGAUGAUGCGCGUUGUAAGUUACGAAUAUUAAUAACAGAUGUUUCCUGAAAUAGCCUAUCCUUGAUCC